AUGAUUGAAGUUAAAUAGCAAAUACAAAAGACUGUUUAUAAAUAUUCAUACUUUCUAAAUGAUAUAUUAGGGGAAGGCUACUCUUCUAAAGUAUACAAAGGAAUACAUAAUGAAACAAAAUAGCCUGUAGCUAUAAAAGUUAUAAACUUUUAAACUUUAGUUACUCCAAUUUCGUAAAGUUUGCUAAAAAAUGAGAUUAACAUAAUCAAACAAUUAAAUCACGAGAAUCUAAUGAAAGUAUACGAGGUUUUCCAAACUAGAAAUAAUACCUAUAUAAUAUGUGAAUUAUGUAGUGAUGGUGAUCUAGCAGAUAUCUUAAGAACAACUAACUUAUCAAUAAAAGAAAUAAUCGACAUAUUUACUUAAAUAUCAAAAGGAAUAAAGGCCCUACAUGAUUAAAGUAAUCUUAUUCUUAUUAAAUUUAGAGAUAAUUCAUAGAGAUAUAAAGCCUGCUAAUAUCCUUAGAUUGGAUGGAAUAUAUAAAUUAUCAGAUUUUGGAUUUGCUAUAGUACAAAAUGAUUUUGAGAGUAUUAUAAAAAAGUUUCAUGUCGGAACUCCUGUAUAUAUGGCACCAGAAACUGUUCAGUUAAAUCAAUAUUCUGAAAAAUCUGAUAUAUGGUCCUUAGGAGUUGUUCUUUAUCUUAUGUUAUUUAAGGAAUUACCUUAUAAUCAAAGAAAAGAUGAAGACAUUAAAAUUAAAUAGCAAGAAGUGUAUACAAAAAUAAAAAAUGAAAAAAACUUGCCUAAUUAAAUAUAGUUUAUUUUAAUGGGGAUGCUUGAAAUAGAUCCUCUAAAGAGAAUUACAAUAGAUUCUAUAUUAUUGCAAUUAUAAAAUCAAAAGAAAUUAAAAUGUAAUUCACAUCAAAAUAUUUCCUGUAAAAUUUUAAGAAGAUCAAGUGCUCAUUCUCAGUCAAAAUAUGGCAACUAAAAUAAUUUUACUAAACCCUUGAAAACAUUGCCAGAUGAAGUAUAAGAGAUUGAUGAAUAGAUAGAACCUUAUUCUUGUAGAAUAAAUCAUACUUAACGUAAUAAUGAAUUACUUGAUUAAGAAAUUAAAGAAUUAUAUAUAGAUUAUUGUUCUUAAAAAAAAAAGAGAGAUAAAAUUAAUGAAAAUGGCAACUCUUCUAAAAGAAAAGUUUAAAUAUAAAUACCAAUCGUUUAAUCUAAUUAUAAAUAAAAAUUAGAAAAAAUAUAAUAGCUCUUAGAGAAUAAUGAUUCGUAAUAAAAUACAAAUUCUAAUAGUACAAAUGAAACUAUAAAAAACUCUUAGUUAUCGAACUGUUAAUUAUAACUUUAAUGUACGCCUAUUAAUCCUUCAUUUUCAAAGAAUGAAAAUUCAAUAAAUAAUGUUCCAAGUAAUAAACUUUAAUAAAAAUUUCACUAAUCAUCAGAUCAAAAUUUAAUUGCAUCUCCAAAAAAACAACUCAAGAAUGUUUCCUCAUAUUCAAAUUUAUUAGAUUAAAAUGUUAGACCUUUAAACAGAAACAAAAAUUUAUCAGUAUAAAAAAUAAGAACAGCAGCUUCAGUGAGUAAGAUUCCAGGUUCAGAUUAGCAUAUUAAUAAUAAUAAAGAACAACAAUUAUUUAAUUAAAUUAAUGACUCUUUAUCUGUUACAAUAUAACCUACCUACAAGUUUUUGGUGUUUUUAAAUUAAGCUCUAAAAAACUUUGAUUAGAUUAAUACUGAAGAAAAAUAAAAAUGUUAUUUUUUACUUAGAAAAUUAUUGGCUUUAAAGGCAAAUGCUAUUAAAAGGUUUUGUCCUCUCAUAAUUUAAGAAACCUUAUCUCAAUGGAUUGAAUGCUUUUAAUAAUAUUAUUUAAAGGUGGUCCCUUUAUUUUAUACAAAUUAAGAUAGAAAAUUUAAUUAAUACUUUAAUAAUGAUUUAGAAUAAUUUACAAAGGGGUUUUCGAAAUUAUUAUAUUAAAAUCUAAUAAAUGUGAAUUAAUAAUUGAAUUCAAAAGAUCUCUAAGUAAUCCAAGAAGUAAUAAAUGAUAAUCUUAAAUAAUUUAAUGAUCCUAUCUUAUUUGCAAGAAGAUGGGAAAAUGGCCAAUUAUGA